AAUUAUUUAUCAGAUAAUUAAAUUCUGUAUAUCGCUCUUAAAACUUCAUUUUCUCGAUUUUAUUGAAUCUAUUGUGAAUAUCUACUGUCAACUGUGAGUCGAAACAGUAUUUAAUCGAGUCUCGCUUAUGUUAGAGCGCUGACAGUUGAAUUUACAAAAAUAUUGACCGGUUUCGAAGCAUAUUGGUUGUUUGAUUUGUAUUAAUAAUUUUAUUAAGUUCUUAUAGAGAAAAGAAAAAGUAUUAGCUUAGUAUAAAUUAGUUAAAUAUGCAGCAUCCACGUCGCACUUCGGAGUUUCAAGAUGUCGAUAGUAGAAUUUCAAGGCAGAGCCAACGUGCAAUGACGCUUACUCCAAGCACUGUCCAAAAACUGCCACUUAGGCAAAGUCGAUUACCAAGACAAACGCCGACACCAAUUAAAACGCAAAAAUCCACCACAAAUCCGCCAACCCGUUUACCUACGCGUCCUUCUUCCAAUGAUCGUGCAACAACAUCGUCGCGUGGUGUUACUCCUCAAAAAUCUGCUACUCCAUUGGCAAAGUCAGCUGCAACUUAUACUGCUGAAAAACAGCGUACUGGCACCGGUUCCAUGCACAACGACAAAAAAUGGGUACAAGAACAAACGCAACGCAUUACCGAUUACUUGCGGGAGGCGGCUGCUAAAAACAGCAUACCAGGCAUUACCGCAGAAUUUUUUACGCGUAGUGGUUUACGUCAAAUGUCCAUUAAGCAGUUUGUAGCUAUAUUUAAUCAUUUUUUGCAUUUUAUAUCGGGUAAUCGCUUUACUGUUGGUUCGAAUCAUGUCGAGGACAUAACAAACAUUUUACAAAAAAUAAAUUAUCCCCACGCGGUAUCAAAAUCCUGGUUGAAAACACCAAACACACAACACUCUUUUGGUUACGUGAUAGUACUUUUCGAUUAUAUGAUGGAUUUUGCGCCAGUCGCAAAUGAAGACGAGUUUGAGUUCGAAUUCGAAUUUGAAGAUCCAAAAGAUUAUGUUAGUGCUGAAACGGAAACCGAUCGCUAUAAAAUGCCUGAUGCCGAAUUUCAAUCAAUUUUACUUAAACAUGCUGAGCAAAGCUUCAAGCUAUGGGAUAAAAAUCUAACGGAUGAAUAUAAUAGUUUGAAGAAGCAAACAAGUGAUUUGUUAAUACAAAAAAAAUGCAAUCUUCCAGAUAAAGCAGCGCUUGAGUGUGAAGUCGAGAACUUAAAAAAAGAUCAAGCAAAAUUGGAAGAUCAACGUGUGGUAGUACCAGAGUCUGAAGAAAAUAAAUAUGAAGAGUUAGAGCGCGCACUGAGUGCUAUAUUGGACGAACAAGAAACUAUAAGCCAGGAAACUGAGGAAAGUAGUUUAGUAAUAAAGCAGUUGGAAACGAAAAAAAUUGAUAUUGAGAAUGAAAUUGCACAACUAAAAGGCGAAAUUGGUGAGUUGGGCACUGCAAUACGUGCACAAACUUGCACUGUCGAUGAACGUAAUAACUUAUUAGAAAAAUUAGAGCAAUGUAAACAUGUUCUGAAGACUAAGGAUCGUGAGAUGAAUGAACUUGAAAAUUACAAUCAUCAACAACAAGUUUUGCAUAUAGGUGCGAAGGCACAGUUAACGAAAAAGAUUGAGUCUAUCAACUCGCAAAUACGUGAGCUAUCCUAUUCACAAAUAGGAUCAGAUAUUGAAUCAUAUGAAAUACCCGUAAAUCCAGACAGUGAAGAUUUGAAAAAUGCUAUACCAAUCCUGAAAACAAUACGUGAGCAGUUAAGACAGAAGAGUGAUGAAAACGAGAAAGCACUGAAGCAAUAUGAAGAUAAAAUAUUGCAAAUUAGUAAUGAAAUCGAUGAAGUGCUCUUACCCAAAAGCAGAUCCAUAAGCCAUACACUUACGACCGCACAGAAAACUUUAGCGAGUGUUGAAGAACAAACGGAGAAUAUGCGUAAAGCAUACGAAAGCAAAGCAGAUAUUUUGCUUGCAAAUAUAAAGGAGUUGGAUGAUUUUAUUUUGACUUAUGAGAAAAUUGUAAUCGAGAAGAAGGAAGAAGUGCAACAACUGAAAGAACAAAACGAAAAGUUUAUGUCUGAAGUAGAGGAGAAGUACCACGCAUUGGCCGAUGCGCGCGAAGACUACCUAACCAAAUAUGACCAGACUUUGAAUGUAGCCAAAGAAAAGCUGGUGGAAGUGAGAACAGUUGUUGACGAGACGGAUCAAGUUUUGGCCAAUUUAAAAUUGAAUACAAAUUAAGCGUAAACAGUUUUUAUUAGUUUUUAAUCUUUAAAUGCAUUUUA